AUGACUGAUGUUAUAUCAAUAGAUACCAUAAGUCUACCUGAUCAUAUAACAAGUACACUUUAUAUUAAAGAUAAGAAUCGAAAACUAUGGAAAAAAUAUACAUGUAUUUUACGUCAAUCAGGUAUUUAUCAAAUACCAAAAUCUUCUUCAACGAAACAAGAUCUUGUUUGUCUACUUAAAUUUGAUUCUAAUAUACAAUUAUAUCAUGCUAAUAAUUGGAUUGAAUCAUUGCGAUCACCGACUUCAUAUGGAUUUGCAUUAAAACCUGCACAUAUACAGAAAAAAUCAAAUAAAUAUAUACAUUACUUAUGUACGCAUACAUCAGAUGAAUAUCAACGUUGGAUAAAUGGUAUUCGCAUUAUUUUAUGUGGUUUUCAAUUAUACAAAAAUUAUCAACAAAUGACUCAAGUUGUUGAUGAUGAAAUUGAUAAUCUCGUCAAUCUUUUACCUAAUCAACAUUAUUUUAAUUUCAUAACAUCAUCAUCAUCAUCAAUGCAUCAUUCUAUUUCAAGUAUUUCUUCACCUAUUAGUCAAAUUAUUUAUGAUGCAACAGAAUCACAUAAAACACUUAUUGAUAUUGAUAGUGCAUCUACAAAAUAUAUGUCUCAUUCAUUAGAUCGUUUUCAAGAAUCAAAAGCAUCUUUCGCACGUUCAUCAUCAUUUCAUUCUUCUUUACGUUAUUCGAAAACAAAUAAAAAUCAGCAAAAAGCUUAUCGUACUAAAUCAAUCUCACCACUUGAAAGUUCAUUAAAUAAAAAUCAUGGCUUACUCUUCAAACGUUCAAAAUCUGCGAAAGAAAUUUCUUCACGAGUCUCUUCAACACAACGUUCAAAAUCACAUAAACUUUCGUCGUCAUCAUCAAUUAUUCCAUUUAUCAAUCAAUGUAUACAACCAGAUAAAACACGUAUUCAUAUGAAGCCGCCAAAACGACCGCCACCACCAAUUCCUCCAAAGUCAUCAUCAAGUAUCAGUAACCAUAUAUAUGAUUCAUUACAAGAUACUCCACUUCUAAAUCAUGAAAACAGUCGGAUACUGCCGGUCUCUCGAUUACUUUCGUCUGGAGUCACAGAGUUGUAG